AUGUCGACCGACUUGCAAUGGCUCCUCCUCCGCAAAAACAACUCCUUCAUCGUCAAGCGCGGCGCUGAAGUCGGGCAGGUUUUCUCCAAGGAGCCCGGCAACCUCCGCAACCUCCACUCUCACAAGUUCUCUGGCCUCGCUAACGCCAAGACGGUCGCCAUCUCCGACUCCGGCAAUGGUGUAGUCGUUGUGUCGCGCAAGCAAAAGGCGGGCCCCAGCUCUGUUGCCAAAGCCACCUCGAAGGACGUCUUGCGCUCCCGGACGGGCGGCCGUCGGGCAGCGGGCGUCGUUGCUACUAUCACUGUGAAGAAGGCGGGCAGGCCUGAUUUGCGCACUGCCGCCCUGGCUCGUGUCUCCGCCCUCCUCGCGGCGCAAAAGGAGCCCAAGACGUACUCACCGAAGGCGUCUCGCUCGAAGAAGGCGAAGACCGCGACGGCCAAGAAAGCGGGCGGUGAUGAAGACAUGCCCGACCUCAGCUCGAUAAUACGGAUACUACCCUCAUGGGGGGGAGCGACGCUUGAGUCGGGGUCGAUGCAGCGAGAGGGUGGAGCUCCGCAAAUAUUCUCGCAUGCGCAAAACUUCACGGUAAAUGGCGGGAGCUUCAACGCCGUCAGCACUUCCUAUCGUCUCCACUUUUCCGCACCGGAGGCAAAUGCCGAAGAUGAAGACGAUUACCGACGAAUUCGAUGGGGCGAUAUAGACUUGCGACAUCUGCGGCUGCGAUCUACGCCUAGUUCCGAUGGGAAACUGGUCAGCUACACUCCCAAGGCUUCACGUUCGAUGUAUGCCGCCAAGAUAUAUGGCUCGACGUCUGACAUGAGCGUCGCUGUCUACGAAGGGGACGAGGCACAACAGGAAUGGCUGCGAGCGAUUACACAACAUGCCAGCUUCCACCACCCCGGUUUCCUGCAAUUAUUUGCAGUCGCAAGUCGCAGAGGUAUCUAUGCCGCAGUAUUUCACGACGACCUCAUUCCACCGGAACAAAUGUUUCAAGAAACAUCUACCCUUGCCACAAUGUACUAUCAAUCCUACGUUGCCGAAAGCCUUGGGGCACUUGCUCACUACUUUGCAACAAAAAUGGGCCUCAAGUAUACGACUUCCACCAUGUUCACCCUUUGGAUGCGCCGCUCGACGCGUUGCCUAACCCUUGAGAUAUAUCCGGCAGCACCAGCACGAUAUGGGCCGCGCCGUCAUACGACCUACUGGGGUGGGUGGCCCGAUCAUUAUAUACUGCCGACGCAUCCAGUUGCCAUCAGUACCCAGGAAAUGAUCAAGGAGUGGAGCAUGAACCGCUUUACAUCCUGGGUGAUAUUUGAAGCCAGCGACCGGGAGUAUCCACAGGAACUGGGCCCCUCACACUCAAACCUAGAACUCUACACUGUCCUGAAACGCUCAGAGGGUGUUCCACCUCACAUGGAUCAAUAUACACCCGGGCCCGCCGUAGUGCGGGUUCCAUGCAAGCUGCCUGUGGGGCAACUUGAAUGGCAGGCGAAGGAUCGCCUAUCGCGGAUGGAUGGUGGGCUAGAGGACAGUGCUAUUCCCGUGGCCCCAACCACCGGUUGGUCACGGCUACGGUAUCCAUUCAAAAUCUGGGCCGACCAGCGUGAGCCUGGCUUUUUUGUGAUGUCGAUUGGCAACAAUACGGAUGCUCCAACAUCAUGGAUUGCCCAGGCACCCUCCAUUUUCCAUAAACUCGGUGUUUCUGAGAAUCGCAAUCGAUAUACAUUUCUGAAGAGUAUGUUAUGUAUAGUGGGGUUCAAAUCCAAGCCACUGGCUGAGAAUAGCACGGGGGCAUAUCUUUUCCUAUGUCCACACUGGGAGUUUCUCGACGGCCAUAAAAUUAGAUACCCUGCGCAAAUUGCUUACUGGUCUCUUGACCCUUGGGGCAAUGAGCCUGUGGCAGAUGCUGUCGGGGCCGGACUCCCUGAGCUUGAUAUCAGACUGGAGGUCAGGGGCUACUCAUGGAAAGAUGAGGUGUAUGCUGCUAUUGUUGAAUACUUUAGUGGCAGAGGGUUUGAUCCAUACUCACUGGAGGUGGCUAAACAUCUGGGAUUCAAGGAAUGUGUGGUAUUGGACAAUACUAAAUAG